AGCCAUAGUGCAUGCGUGCGUGCGUGCAGGGAAUGAAUGAAGCGCGCAGGGCGUCUGGCCCUUAUAUCGUGCGGCGGUGGGCGAAAGCGCAAGGACGGCGCGGCUGUAUCGGAAAGUCGCACGCAUGCGCCGCCUGAGCGUCGGUAUAUAAGGCGAAAAACGCCCCUGCCGCAAGCAUUCACACGCAGCGCUGCAUCGCUCGCUUCUUGUUCGUUUACUUCUAUCAACCUUACUGACGCUCGCAUCAUGUCUGGCCGUGGCAAGGGAGGCAAAGUGAAGGGAAAGAGCAAGAGUCGCUCUUCUCGCGCCGGUCUGCAGUUCCCCGUAGGACGCAUCCAUCGUCUGCUUCGCAAAGGCAACUAUGCCGAGCGCGUGGGUGCUGGAGCUCCCGUGUACCUGGCUGCCGUGCUGGAGUACCUGGCUGCUGAGGUGUUGGAGUUGGCUGGCAACGCCGCUCGCGACAACAAGAAGACGAGAAUCAUCCCCCGUCACCUGCAGCUGGCCAUCCGCAACGACGAGGAGUUGAACAAGCUUCUGUCUGGCGUCACCAUCGCGCAAGGUGGUGUGCUGCCCAACAUCCAGGCCGUCCUGCUCCCGAAGAAAACCCAGAAGCCGCCAAGCGGUGGCAAAUAAGCUGCUGCUACUA